CCGACCGAGCCACUCAAAGCCACGCGGAAUGGGCCACAGAAUCCUUGCAGCCGAUAAGCCAGAUAGCAUCCUCCAAAUUUCUCCCCACCACCACAACCUCCAGAACCCAUUAACAACGAUCACCACGCAAAUCGCCCACCAUGUCCACCCUCCCCGAAUGGAAGUCCUCCCUCAUCUCCCUCACCCUCUCCUCCAACAUCCUCACCUUCGGCACCUUCACCCUCAAAUCCAACCGCCAAUCCCCCUACUUCGUCAACUGCGGCCUCUUCUCCAAAGCCCGCUCCAUCCGCGCCAUCUCCUCCGCCUACGCACACACUCUCCACGAACACGCCCUCUCCGACCCAUCCUUCUCCUUCGACGUGCUCUUCGGACCGGCAUACAAGGGCAUCCCGCUGUGUGCGACCACAGCCGAAAAGUUGGCUGGCAUCGAUGAGAAGAAGUGGGGAGAGGUGGGGUAUAGUUUCAACCGCAAAGAGGUGAAGGAUCAUGGCGAGGGAGGAUUGAUGGUGGGAGAGAGUAUGAAGGGGAAGAAAGUGGUCAUCAUCGACGAUGUCAUGACAGCGGGGACUGCGAUUCGUGAGGCGAUUGAUAUCAUCAAGGCGCAAGGUGGGGAGUUGGUCGGCAUCAUUGUUGCGAUUGACAGGCAGGAGAAAUUGCCGAGUGCGGCGGAGAAGGAGGGAAAGGGUGACGAUGGGAGUCCGAGAGGGAGUGCGAUUGGGGAGGUGAGGAGGGAGACGGGCGUGCCGGUGCUGGCGGUGUUGACGUUGAGUGAUAUUAUGGAGGGAAUGAGGGGUUUGGGAAGGGAGGAGGAGGUAAAGAGGAUGGAGGAGUAUAGGAGGCAGUAUGGUGCUUCGGAUUGA